CCCCCCGCCCACAGCCUGAUCAUGUGACGGCCCAAAACCGUCGCCGUUUUUGGUGGAUCCGCCUUCUUUGGCUUCGCGCUGCUGUGAACAGCGGGAUCUUCCAAGAUCUUUCUCUAUGCUCAGUGCCUUCCAUAUUCCAUGGCGACACCCUUGCUGGUCGCCUUGCUUCAAGUUAUUCUACACUACGCGACCGCUGUCAAUGUGACUGCUGCUGAUGGCAGCGGAGAGCAUCGUCUCCUUCGCCGGGAGACCACCAAGUUCAAGCUUUGGGAGGAGAUGGUGGAAGCCGCCACCGGGCAGCAGAUCACGCCCAACUUCCUCCCUGAAGUGCGACAAUGCAACUACAGCAAGGCGGAGCAGAUGCACCUGGAAGCCACCCAUCGACGAAGCGACACCCAGCGAGGUCUCAAGGAGGUGAAGGAAGUGAUGGCAGAUCAAAACGUGCCUUUGAUCCUCCUGGGCGGCUUGGCCUUGGGGCACCACAGCUUCUGUGCUGCCAUGGUGAAUGACAUGGACCGCGUCGUUGCGACCUUCGGUUCCUGGCUGGAGGAGCAGGGCCUCGAGCCUCUACGGAGCGCCUUUCACAAGAAGGGUCACGUCCUUGACACCAAGAUGUGCAAGGACGGUCCAAUGACAGCUGGCUGCAAGCUCACUGUGUUCUUGUUUGCGGCUCAUGGGAAGCUUCCGCAGCACUUGGCCUUUGAGAUCCAGGUUCUGAGCUCCGCGCCGCCGCCGGCGGUGGCACGCUUGCCGGGGCGCUUCAGGUCCUGCGCCGCGGUGUGCGGAGAGCAUUGCGAGGCCUGCACUUUGGCCUAUGCAAGCUGGUCAGAGUCUUCCAAAGCGCAGGGCCGCUUCUUCCCAUGCCCUGUGCCCUUGCGAAACUUUGUGUUGGCUGCCUGGAUGAAUGACACCUUUUGGGUGCCUGACAACAUGGAGACAUACAUGCAAGCAGAAUAUGGGACCAAGCAUCCACAAGUACAUCAGUCGCCCCACCAGUCGUGCAGCUCGCAGUCCUUGAGCCCCUAUGAGACCAUGGUCGCUGGACUCCCCAAGGGAUCGGAGGUGCUGGCGUUGCAACGGAACGCGGAGGAAGCACAUUUGACGCGUAUCGCGGCAGCCGCUUCUCAUGACAGGCGUUUAUGGAGGAAGUCGUUCAUUGAGGACAGCAACAGCAAGUCCCAGACACCAUGGAGAUUCGCCGUUGAGACCAAACAUGUCUGGAGAUGGCCCAGUGUUCGAAUUCCUUUUCUGGCACACCUCACAGUGCGCCACUUCCUCCUUGCUCUUGGAACAGUCCUGUCUGUUGGUGCCUCCUAUGUUGUCCUCAAGCGCUUCUCCAUGUGCAGCCGACCUGGGUUCUUGCUGCGCAAGAUGCUUCACCCCUCAGAUGGAGGGAUGUAUGCCAUCUACAUGGCCAUUCUUUUGGCACAGACCUUCUCACAACAUUUGGCCAACACCGCAGGUCUCUUCGCCUUGGCGGCCACGAUACUUUGGCAACUGGCACACGCCCUGUGGGCUGCAGGAGUGGUCUGGACCCAGCAUGGCUUUGCUGGAGUUGGCCUCCUUAUGGCGAAGUUGAUCAGGAGUCAAGCUGGUGGUUCAGCAUGGCUUUUUGGACUCCUUUUGUUGUUGAGCUGUUGCACAGCUGUCAGCCAGUGGCUCUCCUUCAUCAGCCUCUCUUGGCUCGACCCGGCCUCCUACAUCUUGUGCGUCCAGGUGCCUUUGUUGCUGGCAGAGGUUGCAGGCUCUUUGGACCGGAAGUUCUGCCGAGCGCAUGCGUUAGCAUCCGCCCUCGUCAUCCUUGCCAUCAUGGUGAAGGGCUUGCAGGCUGCCACCGAUCGAGAUGCGAUGCUCUACCGGGGCUUGGUGACGGUCUUGAUUCAGGUACUCUUGUCGUCUUUGGUUCUACUCUGCCGACCCGUGUUGCAAGAGGUCUCGAUCUCCAGGGAGUUGCUGGUGUUGGCUCAAAGCCUUCAAGGCUUGGUGCUUUUGCCUGUGAUCUGCAUGACCAUCGGUGGAUCGAACAGUCCCAAGGCGCUGUUGGAUGAUUUCUCUGAGGUGGUGAGCAAUCAGUGGCUAGUGACAUCCAUUGCAUUCAUGUUGGUGAGCAGCAUCUUGAAGUCGGAGCUGCCACGUGUGGAGGCACCCAUCGAAGAGCUGGGUGUUGCUGGGCUUUUGGUGAAGAGUGCUGGACUCCAAUGGUUUCUUCUGAAAUGGGGCGGAGGAGAUGCCCAUGACCUGCAAGCAAGCUUCUUGGGAUUGCUGGCCCUGGCGGUAUGCUUCGCAGAGCAUAUGGCAAGUCUGCCUGUGCCGGUAUCUCUUGAGUAUGCGCGUCGCGGUACAUCUUCACCCCGAAACCCUUCCCAGCAAAAUGACGAGGCCCUUCCAGCAAAGCCACCCAAGCCGCCACCAGUCAAAGUGGUGCCAGCAGCACAGCCCAAGGCUUUGGCAAAGAAGCUCCCUGCAAGUCGCCUGCCGCCUCGACCGCCUUGGCGCGCCAAAGUGCCAGGCCUGCGCAAGGACAGCGACUUGGGCAGCGAGAUUUCCACCACGGCACCUCCCACCCCACGAGGCAGUGUCCCAGUCACAAUCCUUCAGCCUCAGCCUCGUCUAAAGGUGCAGGAAGAAUCCAGCAGUGGCAGCGACUUGUCCAGCGAAUGGACCAGUGACAGUGAAUGACCAGUCCGAGGAUGCUGAGAGAUGGAGAAUGCCCAGACAAAAGGGUGCGCGG